GGCAUGGCAGAAGGAGAGGAAGAUGGUGAUGCCCGGACUCCACCUGUCCGCCUUUGGGUGCGACGGACAGGCGUCUAUUGUGAUGAGAACCAGAAAACAUGGCUGGUGACACCCGAAGAGGAAACAGGUACCCUCAAAGCUCGGAUCAGAAGAGUCCAGGUCCCCUUGGGUGAGGCGAUGCGCCCCAGCCGCCUCCCUGCAUCCCAGCUGCCCCACAUGUGGCAGAUAUCAGAGGGGCAGCAGUAUCGAGAUAGUAACUCCCGCAUCUGGGGCAUCGAACACCAUUUAAUAAUCACCGGAGUGGAGGAGAUGCUCCUGAAACUCCUCUCAAGUGAUUAAUUCUGGAGCUGUGACUCUAGGAUGGUGUCCCUGUUUAUUUUUUAUGUGGUAACUCCCAGCACUACAAUGCAACUGCCUCUGGGUCAGAGUGUGCCAGGCAGCUCUCAUAAGAGCCCACAGCAGUGCCUCCCAAGACCUUAGGACAG